GAUAGUGCUUUAAAUGUGCUUUCCUUCAAAUGUUCUUUCCAUAUUCUAACUGUUUGUGGAUUGAGACCUUCAUUCGCAAUGGAUUAGCAGCACAAAUGAGUUGACCUUGAUGACAGCAGAGACACAGAAGGAGCUGGAUUCGGGGUGAGGGACCAUAAUUCACAUUGCUGACAGGACCCUUACGGUCCGGGUCCAUUUUUCUACAAAAUCUUAGGUGCCUAGUUUGACGGUUGUCAGAAACGAUGGGCCGCAAGGAGGAGUGUGUUUGCUGGAAGAAAGAAACACUCAACAUCACCGACAGUUUCCAGUUAAUGGAACGGCUGGGGUCAGGGGCCUUUUCUGAAGUGUAUUUGGCAAAAGAAAGGGCAACUGACAAAAUGGUAGCUUUGAAAUGUGUUCAGAAAAAUGAUGUAAAUGACAUCCCAUUAGAAAAUGAAAUUGCCGUUUUGAGAAGGAUAAAACAUGAAAACAUUGUAGCUCUGGAGGACAUCUAUGAAAGUCCCACUCACUUUUACCUAGUUAUGCAACUUGUGUUAGGAGGAGAACUUUUUGACAGGAUUCUAGACCGUGGGGUUUACACAGAGAAAGAUGCCAGCAUUCUGAUUCAGCAGGUACUUGUUGCUGUGAAAUACCUGCAUGAGAAUGGAAUUGUACACCGAGACUUAAAGCCAGAAAACCUGCUGUUCUACAGCCCUGAUGAAAACUCCAAGAUUAUGAUCAGUGACUUUGGUCUUUCAAAAAUGCUGGACAUGGGUGUGAUGUCAACAGCAUGUGGUACACCUGGCUAUGUGGCUCCUGAAGUUCUGGACCAAAAACCAUAUGACAAAGCCAUUGACUGCUGGUCUAUUGGAGUAAUUGCAUACAUUCUGUUAUGUGGUUACCCUCCUUUCUAUGAAGAGACUGAGACUAAACUAUUCACACGGAUUUCAAAUGCUGAUUAUGAAUUUGACUCUCCAUUCUGGGAUGAUAUUUCUGAACUUGCGAAAUCUUUUGUCAGAAACUUGCUGGAAAAGGACCCAACGAAGCGCUUCACUUGUAAACAGGCUUUACGACACCCCUGGAUCACAGAGAAUACUGCUCCACUCCGUGAUAUCUAUCACAGUGUCAGUGUUCAGAUCACAAAGAACUUCGCAAGAAGUAAUUGGAAGCGAUUAAUCAAUGCUGCAUUAAUAGUGAAUUACAUGAAGAAGACACAAUUAUCAUCAGGCCAGCAAUCAUGGAAAUGCAGUUGCAAUUGCUACCAGAGUGACUCUAAAUGGUCAUAUUUACAAAUUUCUAAGAAUCUAUCACAACAAAGUGUUACAGACCUUUCAACAAAGGAGUCAGCACCAUUGGUGACCAUCAAAGUUGCCAAUCAGAGCAUUGCAUCAAACUAUGAGCAUCCUCACCAAAGGACUAGUGAGAGUGCAUUAGCUUGUGUGAUGUUAGAUACGAAGAAAAACAAUGGACUAACUAACCAGGAUAUGGCUGCAAGUUAUGCAGUAAAUAGAAAUGUGCAUGCUGGCACUACUGAAGAAAGAAAGGAGACAGAGAUUCCCACUGCUGCAACCAAAACUCUUUCAUCAAGUAUAGCUCAAGACCAAUCAACUUCAUGUCGACAUGCAAACCCAAAGAAAUGGCCUAAAUUUGAACGGGCCAACAACAUAAAGACUGGGGUGUGCUUGAUUAUGUAAUGAUUAUCUCAUUGGAACGUACUGGGCUGCCGUCAUGCUUCUGUGGAACAAAUGGAUACUCAAUCAUAUCUGGUUUUCAUGGAGAGAAAACAAUUGCAAUCACUGCAAGAGAAGAUAUUUCACCGAAGUGAGAAAGGAGCUGUGCAACAUGUUAUUUGGGGCUGUUGCUCCUCAUUGAAUUGGGGAUUGAUUUACAGUUGAUUCCAAACAAAUAAAAUAUUGGAACAGGGCAUUCCAAUAAAUAAGUUCACAAGUUUGAAUUGAACUGGGUCGAUAUAGCCUAGAUAAGGUUUAGUAUAAAAUAUUUAUAAUAUUAAAGUUUAAUUUGUUGUAUUACAUGUACUUCAUUGAGCAAUGCCAUACAUGAUAGAAAUCUGACUUUAGAGCUACACAGCAUUAAUCUUUCACAGCAAUGCAAGUACAAUUAUACAGAAAGACCACAUUUAGCACACAUUUUAAAAAAUUAUGAAACAUUAUAUAUAUGUGGUAUUUUCUAUUAGUGAAAUAACAUUAAAAAGAGAUUCUAAGUUCUAUAUUUUGCUUAUAGCUACGUCAUUUAUGAUUCUCUGGAUUUUACAGGGUUAAAUUAUAUUGCCCUUCACUUUUCUUCUCCCUCCAGUGAGAACAUAUUCAGGAUCCUCUUCAUUACUGGGAGUCAUACAAACACACGUCAACCUCAUUUUCUAUGCCUUCCCAAUGCAAUAUUCACUUUUAAAGACCACAAUGCCAAAAUGGAGUACAGUAUAGAAUAUUUUCUACUUGGGUGUAGCCCAUGGCAUUUGUCCAAUGUGGCGAUGAAGAGGGACAAAUUAUUUUCAAGAUUAGGCCCAGAACUUUGAACUAGGCUAUAAAAUUGAUGAUCCACUGCAGAUAGUCAGUAACCUGUUGGCUGUAACAGGCCACCAGAGAAAACCUGUUAGUUCAAGAAGCAGAUACUGGGAACUCAACAAGAAUGAGUCAGCAGUGGGUCAGAUGAUUUUUUUCUGUUUUCAUUGGUUGAGUUUGCCCACUCCUUUUAGCACCCUGCCCCCACCGAUUUGUUUCUUAAAGACUUACCUUUUUGAAGAACCUUCCAAUUGCUACUUAGAGAUCACCAAUUCUCCACAGCCAUAAAUGUUAGUUUUAUGUUCUACCUAUUUCACCAUGAAAAUUACAGUCAGAGUCACUGCAGUAGCAUAGACCCAAAAUACAUAUUUCGCCUCUGAGUUGCUUUGAGAACACCACUGGGCCUGUUUUGAAACUGGUUUCGGAAUAUGAGUGCACAAAGACCCCACCGAAUAUUCUCUGCUGUAACCGAUUUUGCAGGCAAUAAACAGUUAGUGUCUGAAAACUGCCACAGUUCUGUAAAUAUAUCCUUGUCAUGUACAGAAUUAAAACUGCAUU